AUGCACCCCUACAAAAUUGUGGUUACUCAAGAACUUUUUCCAAGAGAUUUGGAAACCCGUACAACAUUGUGUCAGGAUCUCCUUCGGAAUGUUCCCCGUACAGAUGUUUUGCUUUUUACAGACGAGGCACAUUUUCAUCUUUCAGGUACGGUAAACAAACAAAACUUUCGAUACUGGUCUGAACACAAUCCUCAAGAACUUCACCAACGACCACUCUACAGUCCAAAGGUUACAGUCUGGUGUGCCAUUUUCUCGUUUGGUGUGUGGGGUCCGUACUUUUUUGAAGAAGACGGUACCACUGUAACAGUGACCUCUAAUCGGUAUUGUGAGAUGCUUGAACAUUUUCUUCGGCCAAAAUUGAACGAUUUUUUUCAUGAGUAUGGACAACAAAAUGUGUGGUUUCAACAAGAUGGUGCAACAGCACACACAGCUCGUCAAACAUUCGGCAUUCGAGAAAUGUUUCCUGGGCAUAUUGUGUCCUUGCGAGGUGACAUUGGGUGGUCGCCACGUUCACCAGAUUUGAACCCAUGCGAUUUUUUUUUCUGGGGAUAUAUUAAAGCCCAAGUGUACCAACAUCGUCCACAAACUUUGGAAGCUCUGAAGGAGGUAAUAAUCCUGGAAAUUGCUGCUAUCCCGCCCGAAAUGACCCUUAGUCAUAGAAAAUUACCGUGA